GGAGCGCCGUCUCGUGGUGAUUAGUCAGGGCACUUCCAGAGCUGGAUUUAUGGCACGCAGCUGUUGAGUGGCUGACAGACGUGUGAGGGGCUCAAGCACUGCUGCUUCUCAAGCUGCUCGUACCAGCUCGAGCUCUGCGUGCUGUGGGAAAGAGGACUGCCGUGCCUCAAUACACUACGGUGUUGUACCCAGCCAACAGAUGGUGCGGGAACAGUAUGUCACCACCACCCAGGGCAGCAGCUCGCCCAGACCGGUACCUGACAGCAUCUACAAGAUCGGCAUCUAUGGCUGGAGAAAGCGCUGCCUCUACCUGUUCGUGCUGCUGCUCAUCGUCAUCCUGGUGGUCAACUUCGCCCUCACCAUCUGGAUCCUCCGGGUGAUGUGGUUCAACUCGGAAGGAAUGGGACACUUACAAGUACACUCAGAUGGGGUUAAGCUGGAGGAGGGCGAGUCUGAGUUUCUAUUCCCAGUAUUCGCCAAGGAGAUCCACUCCAGAGAAGACUCUCCACUUCUAGUGAGUUCACCUGAAAACGUAUCCCUCAAUGCCCGCGAUGACAAUGGCAAUGUAACCGGGAGGAUAUCUGUGGGUCCUAAAGAGGCUCAGGGACACACUCGAAACCUGCUCAUUAACUCCCACAAUGACGACAUGCUGUUCACUGCAGAUGGCGACCAGACUGUGAUUGGACCAGACAAACUACGAGUCACAGGUCCUGAAGGGGCUCUGUUCCAGCAUUCAGUGGAGGUGCCACAGCUGAGAUCUGAACCGCUGAAAGAUCUGAGGCUGGAGUCGCCUACUCGGUCACUCAGUAUGGAUGCACCAAAAGGAGUUCAUCUCAAAGCUCUGGCUGGAAACAUUGAAGCUACUUCCCGCAUGGACAUUAUCCUGCACUCUAGUGAUGGACUGCUGGUGUUGGAUGCUGAGACGGUGCGCAUGCCGAAGCUGCCGCUGAGCAAUGGAGGGGACUCUGGAAACGCUCAGGGCCUCUACGAGGUCUGUGUCUGUCCCAGCGGAAAGCUCUUCCUCUCCAAGGCUGGAAGAAGCUCCACUUGCAGCGAUAAUCAGGAGUGCUAGAUAGACUCUGACAAGGUCAUUCAUUUUCCAUCUCUCAGAAGAUCCAUCUUGUGGGAGGAAACAAGCACAACUGUUUAUAUGCAGCCUGGGUUUUCAUUGUCUAAUCUUCAUACCACAGUGGUUCUGUGCUGAUCCCUUAAGGGCACUCUGAGGCCUGUAAAAACGCAAACACCUGCUGGUAUACAUGUUGGAGACAUUAUGAAAUGCAUCCUUUCAGUUGCAUUUAUGGGCGUCUAAUUAUUCAGCUCAAACUAAUUGACUUCCACUACCAAAUUUGUCUAAAUCAAAUCAGAGCUUUGUGGAGCAUCUUUUUUACACACACAAUGUCAUGGCUGGGCAAAGAGGAGCUGGUAACAGCUUACAUCCUAUGCAAUAUUAUCUUGUGGUGCAAUAAAUGAAUUUAACACGUAUCUAGGGCUUAGAAAUUUGAAAGAUAUAUUUCUGAAAUGGCGACAAAAUGUUAGUGAAGCUAUUUAUUUUGGUUUAUGCAAGCCCUUCUGGCUCCAAGCCCUCGGUAUGCUGUGUUUUUUUUUUUUUUUGUUUCGGUGUUUAGCACGUUUUUUUUUCAUUUAUUAUUUGACCUGAAGAAAGAAAUCAAAGAAAUGUCCGCAUAUAUUGUUAUUGUCUCAGUCAAUUCAGUUUGUAUUACUUCUUCUUUUAACCUCCAGAUCCAAGAGCAACACACUUCUUGUUUUACUUCUUCUCCUUUAUAGAGUACAGAUUGAAGUACCAAGCCCUUGCGGCACCACACAGUGUUACUAGCCUGGUAUCCCAUGUGUAAUUAUGUGUUCUUUCCAGUUUAACAUCUAUGUAUGUUUGCCUUGUGUUAUUUUGAAGCCCUUCGUAACCAUAUAAUCAUGCAUCUGCAAGACAGAAACUUUUUAUUGUGAGUUUGUUUGUUCAAUAACCUCCUUUACAGCCGUAGGACGACAGUAAAAAAAAAAAAAAAGUCUAAUAAAGACAGUCAUGGCUGAGUGGGAAUCAUUAUUUUUUGCCUCAAUUUUCUUUUCAUUCAACACAAUAUUUUUUAAAUGAAGAACAUUUGCUCUGUUGUGGGAUUAAAGUUCCCAGUUUGCUGUGCCAAAAAGGAUACUAUUUUAUAAUGACAGUAACACUGUCUUACCUACAGUUUAUAGCAUAAUGAAGAUCCUAGGGUGUUGUUGAUGUCAGUGUUGAUUGAUCAUUGAUUUGCAGUUCUGGCAUUUUUUUUUAUAGUGUGGUAUGUGUAUUUAUUCAUUUUGUAUGUUGAAUAAACUUUGCUGUUCUUACUGUA